UUUCAUAAAUACCCUGAACAAGAUUGGAAGGACGGAUAAACAGCAAAACAUUGAUUGGUUAAACACACACAUCAUAUUCUACCAGCCUCCCACAAGACGAAUUAGAUGAAGCUGGGGGCGCGUUUAUUCAACAACUCCAUCACCCGAAUGUCUCCGUAUUCAUAGAGGGGGGUUUCCCAAUUCCUAGGAGUCAUUUCAUUGGACAAGGCCGGGGAUUCCUCUUCUACCAUUGCAUGAGCGAUAUUUCGGUCACAGUGUGGUACUGUCUCGUGUGGUGGGGUACUCACUUAUUAGAAAGGUUAGAAAGUCUUGGUCUGAGUAGCAGGGUGGUAGGAUGGCGGAAGCGUUCCUAGAUGGGAAGGAUGCUCACUCUCUCCUCAAGCGCUUCCCCCGAGCCAACAGUUUCCUGGAGGAGUUCAGACAGGGUAACAUCGAACGGGAGUGUGUGGAGGAGAGCUGCAGCUUCGAGGAGGCCAAUGAAGUGUUCGAGAACAAAGAGAGAACAAUGGAGUUCUGGAAGACUCGCAGUGUGUACACGGUGAGCAGCCACGAGCAGACCAGGGACGGCCGUUCAGAGGGCCACCUCUACAUGGUGGUUCCCCUGCUGGGCGUGGCUCUCCUCCUCCUCAUCGCCCUCUUCCUCAUCUGGAGGUGCCAGCUGCAGAAGGCCACACGGCGGCGGCCCGCCUACACCCAGAACCGCUACAUGAACAACCGCAACACCCGCAGCCUGCCGCGCAUCCUGGUCCACCGGGACACGCCGUCCCACUCCGAGACCCCCUUAUCCAGGCCCACAGUGGUGGUGAGUGGGGUGGAGAGAGUAGUAGGAGGAGGAAGUGGAGGAGGGUCGCUGGUUUGCGCCGCAAACGUUCCCCAAGAACCCCAUUCCCACCCUCAGAACACUCGCUCCGCCCUGUACGUCCAGGAUCCGUCUGUGUCAGUAGCGUCGCGUCUCUCCGGUGCCACACCUCCUCCUUCCUACGAGGAGGUGACAGGACACCUGGAGAGCAGCAGCGACGAGGUGUCGGCGCCGUACAGCGACCCUCCGCCCAAAUAUGAGGAGAUUGUCAAGGAGAAGUAAGCAGAGGGAGGGAGAGAGGGAUGGAGGGAGGCUGGGCCGGGGGCCAUACUGUCAGAUCCAUCCCUCCCUCCAUUGUUCUUGUCUCUGGUCUGAGGGGCUGGCAAACUGCUAGCUAUCCGUGGGAAAGAAUGCACUGUGGUAUCUACUAUCUUGGAGCACUUGCUGUAUCUAUCGCUGACUGACUACAGUACAAGGUUUGGAACGACGAUGAUCUGUGCUACACUGUGUUUCCUUCUUGAGUUAUCUAUCUUGCCAAUGCCUGGGGCCUGGCGGUCUGUUUUGAUUUGGCGUUGUUGUUAUGCGUCAGCGUUUCUCACUGUACUCUGAAUGUGGUGGUCCUUGUUUACUAGUGCGUAUGACUCUGCAGUGAAGCGCUAUAUCCAUAAUAACUGUAUAUUUAUAACGUAUACUUUUCCACCUUUCUCUCAUAACACCAGCUGUAGCUAGUCUCUUGGCGAAAUGCAAUCCCUGCGUCGACACUGCCUGCCCCCCCCCUAAACACUGAAGAAACGACACCAGUUCCCGGACACCCUGAGGCACACCUUUAAAUGUGCCAGCCAUCCCAAAUGGUGCCCUAUUCCCUACAUAGUGUACUCACUACUUUUGACCAGGGCCAUUUGGGACGUGGGUGUGAGAGGAAUGGAACCUUGCCAAGUCACCCUGCAUCCCCCUGAGAGGAAGAGACUACUGUGUGGAUGAAGGAAGUGAGGAAGCUUCCAAGCCCUCAGUGGUACUUCUUCCUCACCAGAGUUGUGCCGUGACUCGUGACGAAGGAGAGUUGAUUUGCCAAAUGUGCACUGCUGAUUACGUGUACUGCUGUCUGAACACACAAAAUGAAAGGGAAAAAGUAUAUUCUUUCAUUUGUUGAAAGUAGUAUGGUUUAACAGACAGAAACAGUAGCCGGUGCUUGUGGACUAUGGGACUAUAGGACUAUCUUAUCAUGAAGAGGAUGCAGCCAGAGGAUGCGUUGGGAUCCUCAGUGUUUCUCCUCUUUGCCUGAAUCCAACGCCAAGGCCGUCUUUCUCCACAUACAUCCUCUGGUCAUGGAAGGGCAUUGAAUUAAGAGGAAACGGAUGCACUCCAAGUGUAUGGUGGGAAGAACACGCACACUAUCUCAAAAUGUCAAUCAGGUAUUUGAGGUUUUGGCUAAUUAGAAAAUAAUUGAAUGACCUGAUGAUCUUACACACACAAGCAAAGACACACAGGUACGCACGCACACACGCACGCACGCACACACGCACACACACACACACACACAGGUAUGCACACACACACACACACACACACACACACACAGGUAUGCACGCACACACACACACACACACACACACACACACACAGGUAUGCACGCACACGCACGCACGCACGCACGCACGCACACACACACACACACACACACACACACACACAGGAAGCACAAUCAGUAGCUCUGACAACAUUCCAGUCAACCCUCGGCCUAUCCCUCUCAAAGCUGCAGAGUGAACUUUACAAUGCUGGCUUCAGUACUGCUGUGCUAUAACUGUUUACAAUUGCUACUUUUUAAAAUCUCGUUUGAAUAGAUGUGUAAGAAAUCUCUAGACUAGUGAGCAAUCCAUGGUUGGGUACAGUACAUCACCAUCGUGACAUGCUAGCUGAAUGGUACAAAUGCUCUUCUUCUCUUUAGUCUAUUCUUGUUUUGUUGUUUGCCUUUUGACUGCUUUUUCACUUGUGGCUCGUUUCGCUGGUGUUCAGACCUUGUUCAACCAGCCAUCCACCAACCAGGACAUGCAACAGAAGUCGUGUUUCAGAAUCAGCUCAGGUUGCCAGCAGUAACCGUCUCUAUGUUAUAUACUAAUCACUGCCAAUGGCUUGACCAAAUGGGAUCACAAGAUAACUCUGACUUGUACUGCAAUACCUGGAGUUCCUGUUUUUUACACAGGGGAGAGAGAAAAGGAACGACCAAGGGCAGAGAGAGAGGGAGAGAGAGAGAUAGGGAGCGGGAGAUGCCCUCUGGCCUGUCUGGGGCCUUAUCCUCAAGGUUAGCAAUGUUAGCGUCUGGCCUGGGCCCAGUCUGGUCUGCAGUUUUCCAUCCUGGUGGAAGGGAACGAGGAAAGGGAAGGAGGGAUGACAAAACACUAGGGCUACUGCAGGGAAGGGAAGGAGGGAUGGACACAGGGCUACUGCAAUGGUCCUUCCCUUUGUAGAGGAGCUGGAUGCUGGCUGCUUCUGAUGAUGCGAGCGCUGUCUGUUUCUGUCUGCUGACUGGUUCCUAGUGUCCCCGGGGUCUCGAGGCUCUUUAUACGGACAUCUAUUCUACAGUUUGUGCUGAUUUAUAUUAGUGGAAUGAACAGUGUGUGUUGUGUGUGUGUGUGCGUGUGCGCGUGUGUGUGCACCUGUAUUUGUGCCCAAACUCUCCUCAAAAAUUCACUUCGCUAAAGAAUGAAAUACCCCACAAAAAACCAUCGGUCAUGUUCUUUACUAUAUCUAUAUAUUCAUGCAUGUACAUGUGUGCGUUCGGAAAGUAUUCAGACCCCUUGACUUUUUCCACAUUUUGUUACGUUACAGCCUUAUUCUAAAAUGGAUUCAAUAGAUUUGUUCCCUCAGCAAUCUACACACAAUACCUCAUAAUGACAUGUUUUUAGAAUAUUUAGCAAAUGUAUAACCCCGCCCCCAAAAAACAUACCUUAUUUACAUUAGUAUUCAGACCCUUUGCUAUGAGAAUCGAAAUAGAGCUCAGGUGCAUCCUGUUUCCAUUGAUCAUCCUUGAGAUGUUUCUACAACUUUAUUGGAGUCCACCUGUGGUAAAUUCAAUUGAUUGGACAUGAUUUGGAAAGGCACACACCUGUCUAUAUAAGGUCCCACGGUUGACAGUGCAUGUCAGAGCAAAAACCAAACCAUGAGGUUGAAGAAAUUAUCCGUAGAGCUCCGAGACAGGAUUAUGUCGAGGCACAGAUCUGGGGAUGGGUACCAAAAAAUGUCUGCAGUAUUGAAGGUGCCCAAGAACACAGUGGUCGCCAUCAUUCUUAAAUAGAAGACGUUUGGAACCACCAAAACUCUUCGUAGAGCUGGCCGUCCAGCCAAACUGAGCAAUCGGGGGAGAAGGGCCUUGGUCAGUGAGGUGACCAAGAACCUGAUGGUCACUCUGACAGAGCUCUAGAGUUCCUCUGUGGAGAUGGGAGAACCUUCCAGAAGGACAACCAUUUCUGCAGCACUCCCCCAAUCAGGCCUUUAUGGUAGAGUGGCCAGAUGGAAGCCCUAAAAGGCACAUGACAGCCUGCUUGGUUUGCCAAAAGGCACCUAAAGACUCUCAGACCAUGAAAAACAAGAUUCUCUGAUCUGAUGAAACCAAGAUUAAACUCUUUGGCCUGAAUGCCAAGUGUCACGUCUGGAGGAAACCUGGCACCAUCCCUAUACUGAAGUACGGUGGUGGCAGCAUCAUGCUGUGGGGAUGUUUUUCAGCGGCAGGGACUGGGAGACUAGUCAGGAUCAAGGGAAAGAUGAACAGAGCAAAGUACAGUGAGAUCCUUGAUGAAAACCUGCUCCAGAGCGCUCAGGACCUCAGACUGGGGUGAAGGUUCACCUUCCAACAGGUCAACGACCCUAAGCACACAGCCAAGACAACGCAAGAGUGAUUUCAGGACAAGUCUCGGAAUGUCCUUGAGUGGCCAAGUCAGAGGCCGGACUUGAACCUGAUCGAACAUUUCUGGAGAGACCUGAAAAUAGCUGUGCAGCAACGCUCCCCAUCCAACCUGACAGAGUUUGAGAGGAUCUGCAGAGAAGAAUGGGAGAAACUCCCCAAAUACAGGUGUGCCCAGCUUGUAGCGUCAUACCCAAGAAGAAUUGAGGUUGUAAUUGCUGCCAAAGGUGCUUCAACAAAUUACUGAGUAAAAGGUCUGAAUACUUAUGUAAAUGUCAUAUUUCAGUUUUUUAUUUUUAAUAUGUUUUAAUUGAACCUGUUUUUGCUAAAACGAUUUAAUCCAUUUUAGAAUAAGGCUGUAACGUAACAAAAUGUGGGAAAAGUCAAGGGGUAUGAGUACUUUUCGAAUGCACUGUAGAUAUAUAUAUGGCACACUACGGUUGAUGUUUUCUAAUGGUUUUUAAUGGCUGCAUGAAUAUCUGAUCAUUUUUGUCAAUGACUUGGGUUCAACACUAUGUCCACAUCGCAAAUGGCACUCUAUUCCCAAUGAAGUGCACUUCUUUUGACCAGAGGCCUAUGUGCCCUGGUCAAAAGUAGUGCACUAUAUAGGGAAUAGGCUGCCAUCUGGGACGAAGCCUACAUCACUAGUCUAGAAGUGACUGCGCUUGUGAUGCUGUUCAAUGUUUAGAAAAGACGAACCUUGAAGCCUCACAAAAUAGGGGCCAGAAGUUGAACCUGUUUAGAAAAACCCUUGGCUCUGUUCAUGAUCAUGCCUCGCAAAAGAACUGUGAGCACAGUGAGAUGAACAUUGGUUUACAGUGGUGCUACAUUAGCCUGAAUGCUGGUCUGUUUGUGCUAUCUUGCCAACUCCUGUCACUCAUUGUCAUGCCUAACAUUGACUUCACAACGACAGCAAUGGAGUUGGCAAGAUCACAAACAGAUCUGGGAUCAGGCCAAUGCUACAGGGAGUUCAUUACAAAUAUGUAUAUUUAAAAAAAACACUGCUUGCUGCUCUCCACUGUUACAUACAUCAGUCAACAGCUGCAUUUCUAACCAUUACCACGAGCGGGAGGAAAAACAUCUGACCCUGUAUCAGUGUUUAACAGCUGUUUCUACCUACUGUGCAUACAUGAGGGUUACAAGUGAGAGUAGCUUCGAUAGGUCUCCUAGUCUAAUGAACCUUGGACAAUCCAGGCCUCAUCAACAUUCAGUUAGUUCAGAUACAGUAACAUAAGUCAUAGCCUGGCCUCCCACUCUGUUACAGUUUAUUUCCCCCAGUUAUCAUGAAGAAACCACUGAAAUGUUAGAAAUGUCCAAAUACUCAUUCUCUUGUUCCUGGAUGUCCAUUAAAUGGGUUCAGCCUGACAAAUGCUUUAUUAAUACUCACGUGUCUUUGACCAAAGUACCAUACAGUCUGUCUCUGGGUCACUGGCCCUAUGCUUUGGUCCAGUUACAUGUGGCCUUCUUCGACAAGGCUUGCCGCUUGUAACACCCUGGACCAGAGCAACUCUGGUCUAUGCUUCCUCCUGGUUCUGUCAGGUUGUGGACAUACUGGGCUGUCUGGAUGUCAAAUGUCACCCUAUUCCCUAUGUGGUGCACUUCUUUGGACCAGGACCCAUAGGGAUCUGGCAAUAAGUCGUGGACUAUGUAGGGAAUAGGGGGCUAUUUGGGACGCAGACCUGCAUGUGGGUCAGUGUGAGAGUCGGAGGAGAGGGUGAUGUGAAGGGGGCGCUGGGUGUCUCUCAUCUUAUGACAGACCCAGUGGAAUUGGUGGUGGUCCUAAUGGAAUACAGCAGAGUUGAAAUAGGUUGCUGUUAACCCAAUUUCAAACACAAACCAUGUGGUUGUACUGCCGCCUAUCAUUUUCCAUGUAUUAUAAAGGUGGUGGGGGUGCAACAAACAUACAUUCAGUCAGCUACUGUCAUAUUUUGGUAUAGUUAAGUUGACAACAAUGUACACAAUAUAACAAUGUAUACAAUAUUACGUAUCUUCACCCGUCUCUUCAUGUUUCAAUUGGGGUGAAACAUGUAAUAUACACUGUGUACAAAACAUUAGGAACACCUUCCUAAUAUUGAGUUGCACUCCCGUUUGCCCUCAGUACAACCUCAAUCCGUCGGGGCAUGGACUCUGCAAGGUGUCGAAAGCGUUCCGCGGGGAUGCUGGCCCAUGUUGACUCCAACAUGUUGCGUCAAGUUGGCUGGUUACACACACAGGGAACUGUUGAGCGUGAAAAACCCUGCAGCAUAGCAGUUCUUCACACACUGAAACCGGUGCGCCUCGCACCUACUGCCACACCCCGUUAUAAGGUACUUCAAUCUUUUGUCUUGCCCAUUCACCCUCUGAAUGACACACAUACACAAUCCAAGUCCCAGUAGUCUCAAGGCUUAAAAAUCUUUUUUUAACCCGUCUCCUCCCUUUCAUUUACACUGAUUUGAAGUGGAUUUAACGAGUGACAUCAAUAAGGGAUCAUAGCGUUCACCUGGAUUCACCUGGUCAGUCUAUGUCAUGGAAAGAGGAGGUGUUCCUAAUGUUUUGUACACUCAGUGUAAAUAUCAUGCAAUUGCAAAGUGAGGUCAGAGAAGUAUGUUUUUUUUUUAGACAUAUUUUUAGCGACCAGAAAAGACAUCCAACAACCAAAAUAUGACGUCUUUCCCAGAUGUCUUCAUUACCUUGUCGUAAUCAGGUUAUCUUUAUAACCAGAAAAACAGUUUUCAAUUUCAAAUGUUGCCCACUGGGUAAGCAGGCUAAUAUAUCUAUGUCAGAUUGUGGAUGCUGGGGGGUGGGGGGGGGGGGGGGUCUGUCCCAAAUAGGUCCCAAAUGGGUGCCAUGUGGCUCAGUAUGGCACUUCCCAUGGGAGACCAGUAUAAAAAUGUAAGUCACUCUGGAUAAGAGCGUCUGCUAAAUGACUAACAUGUAAAUGUAUUCCCUUGAAAAUGCACUACUUUUGAAAAAGUAUUCUGUGUGUGUCCCAAAUGGCACCCUAUGGGACCGUCCUGGUCAAAUGUAGGUCUAGUGCACUAAAUGUGGAAUCGGGUGCCAUUUGGGACACCUCCCUCUGUCACUAAAUCCUCUUUAUCACAGUGGAUGGAUAACCUCAUCACUCGAUAGUCACACACACCAUACCGUACUAAGUGCCAAUUUCUCUCUUUCUCUUGUUUGUAAAGCACUGUACCUGAAUUACUUUGUGAAUAUAUUAAAGUGCAUUUAUCCAUA